CGCCCCCUCCAGUACUCUGUUACUUAACACAGAGUCGACUUCAAACCAGUGACGCCGCAGGAGCUACAACUAAAGCGCAACAAUGGGAGUGGUGACAAUACGAGUCGAAUACUGUGGUAAGUGAGGAUACGCUCCCCGCUAUCAGGAACUCGCCCGUGUGGUUAAGGGUGAGUUUCCCGAUGCGGAGGUGUCAGGCUUCGUGGGAAGAUCAUCCAGCUUUGAGAUUGAAAUCAAUGGGCAGCUGAUCUUCUCCAAGCUUGAGUUGGGCGGAUUCCCAUACGAGGAUGAUAUAAUGAACGUGGUGCAGAAGGCCCACGACGGUCAACCUCUGCAGAAGAUCAGCAAAAGCCGCGCGCCCUGCGUCAUCAUGUAAACUCCUUCGUGUCCGCCGCCUCCAGCGUCAUCAGGAACGGCCCGCCACCACAUCCGGUCCACCCCGGUCCUGGUUCUGGACCGGGGUUCAGGCCUCGUCCUAAAGUCCACUCCCACCAGAGACGAGAGCUUUGAGCAGACUCCGCCUCCUGUCGUUGUUGCCGCCGUGGAAGUCCAGGCUGUUAAUGAUAACCGUAGCCUCAAAUAUGAAAAUAUGGUUACGGUUUGACGAGACGCCGGGUUUUCCCUCCGACGGAAACAAAGAGCAGGAGACGACGCAGCAGAAGAGUCCAACGGAGCUCCCUUUGGUUUUACUGACGCCUCAUUGCCUCCUGUUCUCUUUUACUGCCUGAUCUGUGUUGGGUUUUUUUUCAUAUAUAUUCAUUUCCUGAUUCUGCUUGCACUUCUGCCACUUCCUGUGCAAA